AUGAAUACACUUGGCAUAUCAGACAGGCCUAUUCGAACCGUGCUUGGAAAAUUGAAUCAAAAUGGCUUCUUGAAACUAGAUUUAAGAGGUAAACAUAUUAACCGAAAACGAGUAGAUCCUCAUAUCAAGCAAUCAGUAAGGGACUUUAUCAAGGACAUUCCAAGGGUUAAGAGUCCACUAUGCAAGAUCAAAAACGACGAGGAGUUUAUUUACAGCGGAAAAAGUUUAGCCGAUAUUCACCGAGACUACGUCCAGAAGCAAACAGGAGAAGGCAAAAAAUUUAUGAACUUUGCAAAUGUUUUCAAGAAUUUUAGUUAUGAAUUUAAUAUUUCUUUUUUUAUACCCAAAAAAGUCCAGUGCAAUUUGUGCGAAGCUUUCAAAAAUUCACCAGAAGAUAAAGGAAUUGCCGAAAAAUUCUGGUGA